GACAGGGGGCGGGUGGGAGUACGGGAGGGCAUAGGGCAGCAUGUUUACAACCAUUUGCAGCCAUAAUUAGUAACGCCAGACGAUUUACUCGACUUAUUAAAUUUUCUGGAGCCACAAAGCUCGCCUGCGGAGCGGUAUCUACAAUGCUGUUGUGUCGCUUGAGGACAGCGUCUGCUGCGGCUUUGGAUCAGGGUUUGUUUUUCUUGGUGCGACUCAAAGCAAACAGACUGAAGGACGUCACCCAGGCAGCAUGCAAGGACCACACUUUUAAACGGCAUCGGUUAUUCUGUGCGGUCGUCGGUGGUGUGGACCCAAACCGUGAGAACCUGGGUAAACAAAAGCCAGACCCAGUCCAAAACUGGGACACGCCGUGUUGUUUUGUAACCACAGAGUGGGGACACUUGGACCGGGUGGCCACUGUAGCUGUGAACCUGUCCCGAAGCGUGCAGCGGAAAGGCGGUGAAUUUGAUCCUAUCAGACGCUUUAACAGCAAAGUCACGGCUGAUGUUUUCUCGUUUACUGGUAACUGUGGGGUUUCUAGCGGACGCUGCUUCACCACCUCCAACAUGCAGACCAGAGCUUCAUCCACAAGUGCAGCCACGAAGAAGAGCGAAGAACAGGCAGACAACAAAGGGGAUGUCCAGGAGGCAUCGCCUACCUCCACCACUGAAAAAGGCCUGGGGGACACGCCGGAGCCAGAGGGAGUAAAACUCAACAAAACCCAGCAACUAAAGAAAGUCUUCAAGGAAUAUGGAGCAGUGGGAGUUUCCUUUCACAUCGGAAUCUCUCUCAUGUCUCUGGGAAUGUUUUAUCUCCUUAUAUCCAGUGGCAUCGACAUGGCAGCCCUGCUGUGCAAACUAGGCUUCAGCGAGGCGAUGGUUCAGUCUAAAAUGGCAGCAGGAACCAGCACAUUCGUCCUGGCCUACGCCAUCCACAAGCUCUUUGCUCCUGUUCGCAUCAGCAUCACACUGGUGUCAGUGCCUCUCAUCGUUCGCUACUUCAGAAAGACUGGACUCUUUAAACCACCCACACCUGCACCCUGAUGACUUCUCUCUACUCUCCAGCUGCCUCUUAAAGCAACAAACAUCCUGAAUGAUCAUAAUUAAAAUGCCCAUAUAAAUUCAAUUCAUGACUCAUUUGCCUUUUGCUCAGUACAUCUGAUCUGUUCUCUUUGCAUUUGUGAUGGGAAAUAUUUCCUACAUUAGUUUUCAGCUGUAAAAUGUUGAAUUGUGUUACUGUGGGAUUAAAGUAUGGGGUCUUUGACUCACCAAACA